CGAAGCCCCAGCAAGUCUAUAUGAGCCAGGGUUCCGUUGCACGCGCCCGUCACUUCUGGGCGGGAAAAAACAAAACUCAUCCGGUGCAGGACGCGGAGGAGCGCCUCGUCGGUUUUUAGUUAAACAUUUUUUUGUCAUCCAUACGAGUAUCGUGCGAGAGAAGAGCCACCGCCGCAAAUGAUUCCCCUCCUGUUCUUGGCCUACGUCGUGGCCGUUAAGGUUUUCAAAAAGACCACACCUAAUGGCAAGGUCACGGUCUACCUGGGCAAGCGCGACUUCAUCGACCAUCUAGACUACGUCGACCCCAUCGAUGGCAUCGUCGUCAUCGAGAACGACUACCUCCAGGGCAGAAAGGUUUACGGCCAGGUGACAACCACCUACCGAUAUGGUCGAGAGGAGGACGAGGUCAUGGGGGUCAAGUUCAGCAAGGAGCUGGUGCUCUGCAAGGAACAGAUCAUCCCGGUGAAGAAGGAAAAGCAGGAGAACACCCCGAUCCAGGACCGACUGCUCAGGAAGCUCGGCUCCAAUGCCUACCCCUUUCUCUUCCAAUUUCCGGGCAACUCGCCGAGCUCCGUCACUCUUCAACCCGGUGACGACGACCAGGGCAAACCUCUCGGUGUCGAGUACACCGUCCGCAUUUACGUCGCCGAGAGCGAGGACGACAAGGGCCACAAACGCUCCUCGGUCGCCUUGGCCAUUAAGAAGCUUCAGUACGCCCCACCGACACGCGGCCGUAGGCUUCCGAGCUCGUUGGUCUCGAAGGGGUUCACCUUCUCCCAGGGUAAGCUCAACUUGGAGGUGACGCUGGACAAGGAGAUUUACUAUCAUGGCGAGAAAGUUUCGGCUAAUGUUAUCGUUACCAACAAUUCUCGCAAGGCUGUCAAGAACAUCAAGUUAUUCGUUGUCCAACACUGCGAAGUGACCAUGGUUAACGCUCAAUUCUCUCGCCACGUCGCCAGCCUGGAAACUCGAGAAGGCUGUCCCAUCACACCAGGCGCCUCCUUCACGAAACAGUUUUAUCUCGUGCCUUUGGCCAGCAGCAACAAGGAUCGUCGGGGAAUCGCACUCGACGGUCAUCUCAAGGACGACGACGUCAACCUGGCAUCCUCGACGAUGGUCGCCGAAGGCAAGGCUCCCAACGAGAACAUGGGUAUCGUAAUCUCGUACUCCGUCCGCGUGAAACUCAACUGUGGUACCCUGGGUGGUGAGCUCAUCACCGACGUGCCCUUCAAGCUCAUGCACCCGGCUCAAGGUGCCGGAACCGGAGGCGAAGGAGGCAAGGAAGCCUCGUCGAAGGCAGAAAGAAUGAAGAAGACCAAGAGCAUCGAGCGAAACCGAUACUCCGACAACUACGCCAACGACGACGACGAUAACAUCGUCUUCGAGGACUUUGCGCGUCUGCGGCUCAACGAGCCCGAAUAGACGAACGGAUCACUUCAUGUUCCAGGGAUGCGGCGGACUUGUUCUGAUUGAUCAACGAUUUGUCAUAAGUAUCAAUUGUGCCGUUCUUUUUUUCAGAAUUCCAGAACAAGCCGAUUCGACGAUCUUCCUCGUGAAUUACAAAAAAAAAAAAAAAAAAAGAAAAGAAAAAGUGCUUGGCUACGAAAAUUGACGAAUGACGCGUUUUUGCACGCGCGCGCGCGCGCUGAUGUAUACAAAAAUAUAUGAGAGAAAAAGGAUAAAAAAAAGAGAAAAAAAAUUUUUUAAAACUUUGUUAACAUCGUCUUGGGGAUUUCCUUUCGAUUGUGGUGGUCGAAGGGAAAUCCGUUGGGAGGCGAACAAAAAAAAAA